AUAAUAUAUAUUCGGAUAUUUUGGAAAGACGGAAAGAGAGAAAGCAAAAAAUUUGAAAAUCAGUGCAGAAUAACACGAAAUACGAACAUACCUUUCAAUAUGUAAAAUGUAAAGGAAGGUUGGGUUGGAUUAAGUUGGAUUGAGGAGCAUGUGCGACAGCAACAGCUGAUGCACGUGGCAAGUGUUGAUGGUUAUCGAAUUGAAACGAAAACACGUCGUUAUUUGAAAAAGUUUCUUUCGCGAAUGUUGCUUAUGAUUAAACCAAGUUCGAUUCAAUCUGAUUUUCGAGUAAUUGAGAUCCGAAGUCACGUGCACGCAGGAAAGUGGAAGAAGAAGAAGAAUGUCGAGUGUGAUCGUGCUAAGUGAUUCGGACGAACCCGCGUCGCCCGUUAUUGACAAAUGCAAUGGGAAUGGAUUUGAAAUUAACGAAGAACAUCGUUUCAAUAUUACAAGUGUCUUCGAUUUUCCGGAGGUACCAUUCUGUCACGAUAUUGCAGAAAAUUCUGCGUCGCAAAGCGAAGAGGAUCUUCCCAAUUUAAAUGCUGACAAGUAUCCUGGAUCAUCCAUGGAACAUACCGUGUCCGAUUCUCACGACUCAGAAGAUAAUCAGAUUGAAAAGACUUCGCGAAAAGCGGCUGCAUCUAAAAAAGAUAAGAUGACGUUGAAGGAGGAACGAUUGAAACGUCAGCAAGAACGGGCGAGAGAGAAGGCGUUGAAGGCGAUCGAGAAAAAAAAAUCUAAAGAUAUAAAGCCCGGGGAAUGCUUGAAAUUUAUGGAAGUUAAUCUUGAUCGAAAUAUCGAUGCUUUUCGUACAGAAAUUGAAAGCGUAUUGCAAAGUGCUGAUAUUAAAAUUAACAUAACUACCGAGUUAAUUCCGAACAGUAUUUCAUGGCAGAGGAAAAUCGAAAAGAACUAUGUCGGUGAAGAUAAUGAAGUGCGUACAAACAAAAGUAUACAGACGGAGGAAUACAUUAUUGUGAUUUGGAGCAAUUACGAAGCAGUAAAACACGUGGCGGAAGGUACUUUCUGCGCUUCCAUCGCGCACAAUAAAUCCCUGAUACCAAAUUACAAUAUGACUCUGGUUAUCUUUGGCAUGGAAGAGUAUUUCACGUAUCGAAAGAAACAGAAAACUAAUCAGAGUUCUAAAAGUAAAGGAUCGAGAAUCAACAAGAAAAGUAAGGAGCAGUUUGAAACGUUCCCGAUUAUAUCGAGACAGCAGCUGGAGAUGUGUCUGACCGAAGUUCAGAUAGUAGUCAAAUGUAGCAGCAGAUUAAUCGAGAACGUACAGGAUCUAGGUUUAAUGGUGUACCAGUAUACAAAGUCUAUUUCGGAAAUACCAUAUAAAUUGCAGAAGAGAGAAAGUCAGGAAGAUAAAUUUGACUGGUAUGUUAUGGGAGACAAUAAGAACACUGUGCGCGUAGACAAAGAUGGAAAUGGAUUGAAGAGAUUGUGGCAGCAGCAGUUGUGCCAAUUUAACUUAAGUAGCUUGGAAACGUCAGAAGCAAUAUGUGCGAUUUAUCCUAGUCCAGUGCAACUGAUCAAGGCUUAUAAAAAUUGUACGCCCGAUGAAGGUAUGAAUUUAUUGAAAGACAUACCGGUAAGUUUUAAUCUUAUCACAGCUGUACGUAAAAUCGGUCCCGAAUUAAGCAAAAAGAUAUAUGUGAUGUUUACUACGCAAAACGGGGACGCUCUAUUAGGGACUGAGAUAUAGGAGUCGUUGUGGACGAUGUUAUGUUACUCGCCGAUGAAUUGGUGGUCGUUAGUAGAAUACUGGAAGCUGACGAUACACGGGCAGAAGAUGCACCACUCGUGAGCGCGAUCGAGCUCUUUCCACUUUGCAAAAGAUU